UCAGUAGUUGUGGUUUCGUGUACCCGAAUCAGCGUUACGUUCUGCUCCGCUUAAGAUGUGUGGAAUUUUUGCAUACAUUAAUCAUCUUACACCUAAGACCCGGCGAGAAAUAUUGGAGUUACUCGUAAAUGGAUUAAAACGCUUGGAAUACCGUGGUUAUGAUUCAGCGGGAAUCGCAAUCGACGCUGCGGAUCAGAAGGACAUAGCCGUAGUGAAAAAAAGCGGAAAAGUUGCAGCCCUCGAGGAAUUACUUCAAGAAAGAAGUUGUGAAUUAGCAGUUGAAGAUUCUGUUGAAUCUCACUGUGGCAUUGCUCACACCCGUUGGGCGACUCACGGUGAACCUAGUGCUAUUAACUCGCAUCCGCAACGCUCAGGUGAAGAUAACUCGUUUGUUGUCAUUCAUAAUGGUAUCAUAACUAACUAUAAAGAAGUGAAAACCUUCCUCGAAAAUAAAGGAUACACUUUCGAGUCUCAGACUGACACUGAGAUUAUUGCUAAGCUGAUACAUCACAUCUACCAUCAGCACAAAGACUACAACUUUCAGGAACUUGUUGAACAGGUAAUACAACAACUUGAAGGUGCUUUUGCUCUGUGUUUUAAAUCUCGUUUCUUCCCUAAUGAAUGUGUGGCAACAAGACGUGGUAGCCCUCUACUUGUGGGAAUCAAAACAAGACGGCGUUUAUCGAGUGACCAUGUUCCAAUUAUGUACACCAACAACAAAGCUACAAGAGGUGUUGUGCCUUCAGUACCCAGGGUCAAUAGUCAUGCUCAAUUCCAACCAGAAGAAGAAAGGGAAGUAGAAUAUUUCUUUGCAUCCGAUGCUUCAGCGGUCAUAGAACAUACAAAUAGAGUCCUUUAUUUUGAGGAUGAUGAUGUUGCCCACAUCAAAGAUGGGGUUCUCAGCCUUCACCGUUUGUCAGGAAGCAGUACAGAUCCUCAUCAAAGAGAAAUUUUAACUCUAAAACUGGAGAUACAACAGAUUAUGAAAGGUAAUUAUGAUUAUUUCAUGCAGAAAGAAAUUUUUGAGCAAUGUGAAUCUAUUGUAAACACAAUGAGAGGACGUUUAAAUUUUGCAAAUGGCACUGUGACUCUGGGAGGUAUUAAAGAUUAUAUUCCAGAAAUUAAACGCUGCAGAAGAUUGAUGUUAAUUGGAUGCGGUACAAGCUAUCACAGUGCAGUAGCUACACGACAGUUGUUAGAAGAAUUGACAGAACUUCCAGUAAUGGUUGAAUUGGCUUCUGACUUUUUGGAUAGAAACACACCCGUGUUCCGUGAUGAUGUUUGCUUCUUUAUUUCACAGUCAGGAGAAACUGCUGACACACUUAUGGCACUUCGCUAUUGCAAACGUCAUGGUGCUCUUAUUGUUGGUAUUACUAAUACAGUUGGUAGCUCUAUUUGUCGUGAAUCACACUGUGGUGUACAUAUUAAUGCUGGCCCUGAAAUUGGUGUUGCAUCAACAAAGGCAUAUACAUCUCAGUUUGUCUCCCUAGUUAUGUUUGCUCUGGUCAUAAGUGAAGAUAGAAUUUCACUUCAAAAGCGAAGGGCCGAUAUUAUCGAAGGGUUACAUCAGUUAGACUCGAAAAUUCGACAAGUCCUAGCAUUAGAUGACAAGGUGAAAGCAUUGGCUGAAGAUCUCUAUAGACAACGAUCACUACUUAUUAUGGGCCGUGGAUACAAUUUUGCUACUUGCUUAGAGGGAGCUUUGAAAGUAAAGGAGCUUACAUACAUGCAUAGUGAAGGCAUUAUGGCAGGAGAAUUGAAGCACGGUCCAUUAGCUCUCAUAGACGAUUCUAUGCCAGUCAUGAUGAUCGUAAUGCGUGACCCCGUUUACUCAAAGUGCAUGAAUGCACUACAGCAGGUAACAGCGCGUCAAGGUCGGCCAAUCGUGGUUUGCGAGGAAGGAGAUACGGAAACUAUUGCUCUCGCAUCUCGUGUUCUUGAAGUUCCAAAAACAGUAGACUGUUUACAAGGAGUUCUUACGGUCAUUCCUAUGCAGUUAUUAGCAUAUCAUAUAGCUGUAUUGCGUGGAUGCAACGUCGACUGUCCAAGAAAUCUCGCGAAAUCUGUUACCGUUGAAUAAUAUAUUUUUUUCUUUGUUAGAAAGUACACGUGUACGAUUAAACGAUCUCUAGCACAACUAA